AACAAACUCCCAGAUUGCAUAAUGUCACAGUGAUAAGUGGCGCGUUAUCACAGCCUCCAAUGCAAUGAGCAGCGCAGCCACAAGGCCACAUGCCCAACACUGGUAUUACCAACGCUUGGAAACUUCCGGAGGGUUGACUUAUCAAGACCCGAGACGCCACAUUCCUCGGCGCGUGCGCUGGGCACACGCAGUUGAAAUCCAUGAUAAGUAUACCAUAGGCGCACCACUGCAUCACCAUACGCCGCAAGGAUCAGAGAUAGGAAGGACGCUGCUGGUUGCUCUGGAACUUAGUGGCUUGUCUGCAGAAACGAGACCAUUGACGAGACAUGAAUACCACAGACAACAAUACCCUGCUCGAUUUCGGUGGGCCGCCGACGCCUGCGGCAUUGCUGUGGUUUGCUCUGGUCCACUGUUACUGCGUCCUCGUCAUUGGCACUUUGGGUAACGCGUUGGCGCUGUGGUGCGUGGGGACGUGCGGCAAGACACGGCGGCCGGUGAAGGUGUUGCUGUUCAGUGUGUUCUUGCCCGCCCUACUUGUUUGCCUACUGACGCGGCCUGUGGUUGGAGAGGCCUUAAUCAGCCUCAUCACGAGAGAUCCACACAGAGUCUCUCAUAUGGUCAUCAAUAUUAACAGUGCAGUGUACUCCAGCCUGGCGUCCACAGAACUGGUCUCCAUUGCUGCUGUGGCUGUGGUCAGAGCCGUGUCGGUAUUAUCCCCGCAUGUCGGCACUCUAGAGAUUGGUGGCGCCUCGCUGCUGGUGGCGACAUUAUGUUUGUACUCGGGUGUCAGCGGUGCGGGACUGGUGGCGCUGAUGGCGAUUAGUGAUGCAUAUAUGGUUCUCGUCACCAUCUUGUUCUUCAUCAACACAACAAUGCCGGCAGUCAUCACCGCCGUCGCAUACAUCCUAAUGAUAGUGACUGUUCAGCGGAACAAACGUCGCUUGGCCGCCAGUCAGCAGCAGGCCAAGUCAGUCUCCAGCAUGGACCAGGCCACGCGAGCCAUGCUGGCGGUGUUCCUCAGCAACCUUGUGUUUGGCGUACCGCACACUAUCUACCACCUCAUGGGCAAAUUACCGCUGUACAUGAGCAUUAUAUUCCACGUGCUGUUUUCCACGCACUUCAUGGUGGACCCGUUGGUCUUUGUGUGGUUCAAUAACAAUUACCGCACUCGCGUCCAGUCCUACGUGCAGAAAGUGACGCAUUCCCUGUCCUCGCAAGCAACCUCCUCCACCGUCCAGUAUUCCACCACCUCCCAAAGUGACAACCACCGCCACCAUCCCUCCACAAACGGGCAGGUGGACACUAAUACGGGCCCCACCGCCACCCCCACCACAGCCACCACCACCACAACCACCACCACCAUCAGGGGAGAAUAUGACAGGACUGAUAAGGACGGGUAUUACCAAGGCCAGGGUGGUGGAGGGGGUUCCCGAGGGCUUUCUGUAUCACACCCCGAAGAACACAUGCUAUUAGAAGUCCCGGGAUACAAGCAAGGGAUAAGAGCGACAGAGCGUCAGUGUCUCAUUAGGCUUUGUCAGCACUGUGUGGAGAGCAUGGCCAAUUGUAGCCUGCCGUGGAAUACCUUCAACGGUGACAUCCCAGACUCAUUGUUGUAUUUCUUCCUCUUCUACUGCUGCGCCAUCUGUGUUGUUGGCAUCGCAAGCAAUGGGUUGGCGCUGUGGUGCGUGGCGACUUGCUCCCGGACAACCACAUCCGUAAAGAUCCUGCUGUGUGCUCUCUUCUCCACCACGCUGCUCAUGUGUGUGGUGGUGAUGCCCUUCAUGGCACACUUCUCACUGGCCAAACUCUGGUGCGACAGGGAGGUGCCCCGGACUCUGUUACACAUUGUCAUUUUGAGCUACAUUGUGCUGACCAUGAUGGAGCUUUUCUACAUCUUCGUUAUGGCGCUCCUCAGGACGCUGGCCGUGUGGUCGCCUAUGCGGGGCCAGAUCGAGGUCCGCGCAGCAGUUGCAGUGACUCUCGGGAUCGCAUUCUACAAUAUAUCGAUAACUCUCCUGGUGGCGGCGCACUUCUGGAAGACGAUAAUUCCGAGACCCACCCGGUACAUCAUCCUGAAGGUGUACAACGCCCUCCACUUCGUCUUGCCAGUACUGCUCACGCUCGCCUGCUACCUGUCCACCAUUUUCGCAGUAAGACGCAACACGCGGCGCCUGGCUGCUUUCACCACGCGGGCCACUGUGACUAGUGGGAAGAUGAUGGACCAGGCCACGAGAGCCAUGAUGGCGGUGUUCAUCAGCAACCUGGUUCUCGGCCUGCCGCACUCCAUCUACCACAUUGUACCUUACGAUCACCGUGUCUUCUCCUACGUCAUCAUGCACUCCAUCUUCUUCACACAUUUGUUUGUUGAUCCGCUGGCCUUCCUGUGCUCCAACCUGCACCACCGGCGGCGGGUCCUCCAGGCACUCAGGUCUCUGGUCUGCCGGUCUUCCCACACGGUGGUUGGGUCAUCACCUGUCUCACUCACCACUCAGACAACUUCCACUCAAAAAAGUAUCGAAGAAGGACAACGGAAUACUUCGUCAGAGGAAGAAUCGAGACAAGCACCAGCCAAUAUACAACUCAAAGACAUGCCCGAGUAAAGAUACACGUGGAAGGCACUGAUUCGGACACAUUGGUGCCUUGUCACUUAUUUUCAGCGAAUAGAUUACAUAGUCUUCACCAGUGGUCUCUUCAUACAACUAUGCCUUAUAGAUUUUCAAUCUCAUUCAUUAAUCUUGACAGAAAACAGAAUAAAAGGAAAAUGAAUACAUGGAGCCGUAAAAGAGAUUACUUCCCUUGUCGUUUCUUGAAAGUAAGGCAGACCUUGAAACCUAUUAGAAUAAGGCGCUGCAUUCCUGUAAACGCGUGAACACAAUAUUAUUCAUGCAUUACUGGCGUCUGAAGCAUAGCUGGUAGGCCUAUACUUAUCACGGCAACACGAAGAGACCGGUGCCGCCACUCACUCACACACAUACAUACACACACACACACACACACAAACACACACACACACAUGUAUCAUAUAUAUAUAUAUAUAUAUAUAUAUAUUGUGCAUCGUAUAUAUCUUCAUCAUGUAUUUCAUUUCUAUAUAUUAAGCUUGUGUGUCUUUGUGUAUCGUAUAUAUCUUCAUCAUGUAUUUCACUUUCAUGUAUUUCAUUUCCUGAGCUCCCACGCUUCGCGAAUUUUCCAUACACACCCACAUUCCAUUAUCACCUCACCUCUUCCUGGAGCCAUGCUACCACCUGUCCUCGAGCCAUGCCGGAUCCAAUCAAAUUAAACCAUCCAUUUUGACGUCACGGCGCUGACCAAUCACGAGGUCGUGACCCGGGACACCUGACGCACAUUCAACCUCUCUCAUCCUUCACUCUCUGACCCGCAUCUGUGCGAGGCGGACGCAUCUUCUCCAUAAGCAAGGCAAGGCGUGGGUGCUCGAUCAUCGUGUGUGUAUAUAUCUAUCAACAAUAGACAUCAUCAGCUUC